CCCGGUAGAAGACUUGAUGUGCUGGUUCUCCAGGGUGACUAGGUUGAUCCUGUACCACAACCUGAUGCUGCUGAUGGGCAGGUCAGACAACGUGUGGGAGAUGGCAUGCCCGUCUCGCCUCUGCCAGAUCUGGGGCACCAUGCCGGCGCUCGGCACCGAAAAUCUCUUGCUUUGCCCUGUUACACUUGCCACACUGGUGGCAAACUGUCCCAUGCUGUUAGAAAUCCAGGCACCAUUGGAGGACAUUGUGAUGCUCGCGGACAACUUUCGGACACAGUCGCCGCGUGCGCCGCUGCCGCCCCUGUUUGGCAAAUGCCGAGAGCUGACGCUGGGCUCCCACUGUCUACGAUCGAACAGUACCAUCAUGAUGGCUGAGGCAAGCCUGGCUUGCAUCAGGAAGGCAGUCGAAUGGUACCCGCACCUCGAGCAGCUGCAGGUGACGACGAAAUCCCCGGAGGUCCUUACUCGCAUCACGGAGUUCUCUCGGCUGAAGCGCAUUAACAUAAUGUGUGCCGUCCAAGAUGUUAUGUGCCCUUUCGACCCUUACAUCACCAGGAUGCUGCGAGCGCUGCCCCUGACGCACCUGACGCUAAAGUGCUUCAAAGGGGUGCACCUGUCGACCAUUGCCCGAACCUGCGAGAACCUCGAGUGCCUCUCCCUGUUGUGCUGCUACAUCUGCGAUGAGAAGAUUCAACCUGGCAUGUUUUCGAAACUGAAAUCGCUCGAGAUCAGCAACUCUAUCAUGGAAGACACAUUCUUCACCCUCCUUAGCGUCACUGAGGGCCUGACCAGGCUUUACCUCGAUGGCGAGGGGGUCAUCUCGGCGUAUGUCCGCUGGCCGUCGUACCAACGGCCCAUCCAUCUGGCCAUGGAACAGCUCACCCUUGUCACGGACUGGACACUGCCGGCAUUGUGCGUGAUGCCCAAGCAGCUGAGCAGGAUGAUUGAGUCGAUGCCGGCGCUCAAGCGCCUCAGCACUGACAGUUACGACAUCCGCCUGUUCGUGCAGAACUACCAUCCACACGUGGCAGUGGCAUGGACGACGUGCACGACCUGCAUGGCCGAGUUCCCAAAGAUUGACGAAAUUCAGCAAGAGUUCUGGCACUUGACGCACUGUGACAAGAAAGACAAAGAAAAAAAGUAGCCAUGAAAAGCUCUGUGCUCUUCAUUGAGAACCUUAGACUUGUGUCUAGUCAUGGCAAACUUUCUGUCGACAAAGACGAUAAGCAGUGUCAUGGGAGCGUUGCUGAUCGUUGUGCAAACACCUCCACAACUGUACACAGGGGCUUGGUGCAAUGCAGAACGAUGUGAUGCGUAGCGUGCAGUAAGCCAGCAGGGUACCGAUGAACACCCCUAUGACGCCUUCUGGUGUUCAUUUGUAUGAAAAGCCUCUGUGUGCUUAAACAUGGAAACAUGAGCAUUGCACCAUUGAUGUGAACUGCUGAUGGUGCACGAAACGUCAGCGCAGUGCAAGGCAGAGAUCUGAUGCACAGACCAAGGAACUGAAAAAAAAAAAAAGUACUCAUCAUUACACUGUUAAAGGAGCCCUGCUUUGAAAAUGCGUGAGUCGCUAUCCUUCAGGAUGGCGAGCAGUAUCAAGGAAUCAUUGUGUGCCACUGCAGCAAGUGACUGUAUAGUUGCUUCCGCGAGGCAUAUUGCAAGAUGUACUAAACUGCUUCUACACAGAAAGUGUAACGAGUAUCCAUCAAUCAGGGGUGGAUGUCUCAACUAAAACAGGAUAGCCUAUGUUGCCUGCUCGCACAAUUGUGUUCCUGGAGGUUGGUGCACAGGACAUUUACCAGAUCACAUAGCUAGUGUAUGGUAGCUGAAAAGAGCAUUAAUGCCUCUGCCCCAAACUCUGUAGCCUUUGUCCCAAGUUGCAAGCCAAGCUCUCUGCAAAGUGACCCUCAAAAAGGGAACUUAUAACCUGCUGGAGGAGAGAAUCUUGUAUGGAUUGCUGAUGAUGUGUGAAGGGCUGACACUGUGCAGAAUGUAACUUGAUGGCAUUCACAAAGCCACUAGCAACCGAUCAUGAUUUGUAGGGGUGCGCAAAUAGGAAAAUUUUCUAAUACAAAUUGAAUAUGAAUACUUAUUCAAAUAUCAAAUCGAAUAAUGAUAUGCACAUGCAUUUAUUUGUAAUUUGAGUUAUUUUAACAUGUUGGAACAUUGCUGUGUUUAAGUAUGUUGGACUGUUGGGAUUGGCAGACAGGUUGGUACCUUGCCAUAGUUGAGUUGUGAUUGGCUGGCGUUUUGGUGCCUUACCUUGGUGAAUAGCUGUGAUUGACUGGCAUAUUGGCGCCUGGCAUACUGACCACAUGGCAUACUGACUGGCAUACUGACCAUGUUCACUGCAGCAGCACUUCUUGAAGUCUCGGUUCCUGUGCACGAUGACCCACCGGCGGGUAACAUGUCAUAUUCCUCUGCUACAUCGGGACCCACCAGUGAGUCACCAGGAAGUUAUUCUCCUUUGAAACUUCAUCAACAGUGCAGAGAGAUGACACCACUUGAAAUCAGAACCAACAAGAAUUCUUCCUCUCUAUCGAUUUCUAGCAAAUACGUCACUUGUGCAAUGCAGGAAAGCCCUGCACAUCCACACCAGGAGGAAUAUCUGCCGUGACCCACUCGUGGCCCAUGUCGCAGAGAACGUGUUAAAAGAGUGCUAAAAGAACGCGGGCAGGACAAGCACAAGCAUUCUCUAACAAGUGUAUUUCAGGAAGACCAUGAACUUUCCUUUUACUUCUUCCUGAAAUACAUCAGGGGUUAGUGAGUGCUUGUUCUGGUCCCUAUCCUUCCUGUGUAUUCUUUUCGCUGUCCUAACUUAUUCCAUACCUUGCUUUGGUUGACUCUCUUUCUGAUAGCUGUGGUGAGCCUCUGCCGAGCAGUACACCCUAGUGCCUCAUCUUGGGUGACUGCUUCCAUCUUGGGUGACUGCACCAAUGUCACGUGAUUCUCUCCAGUGCCUCCUCUGGACUGACCCUCACAUGUGCAGCGCUGUCACGUGUUGCACUGCAGUGCAUCUCCUCACUCACACCUGUGCAUUAUUUGUCACACCAUCGGUCUAAGUUGUGACGUAGUUGACCGUGUUUGAACAACUGGCUUUCGCUUGUAGAGUUAAGGCUUCGACGCAUAUGCAAAUAGACGUUGCUGUCAUUUUCAAGAUAGCCACACCUUUCUAUACCCCCGUCACAAGGGUAAAUUUAGAAUCACUUUGAGUGAAUGCACUACGCUGUUGCGUAAAAUAACAAAUCUAUAAUGUGACGGCUGACUUACCGAACGACGCUGCCAUCAAUUCAGAAUUACACUUACCUGUCCAGCUGCGUGUUACCAAAGUGACGCUAGCUGCAGUGAGGUGUAGUCAUUGAAAUUGCCACUGACAUUGCCCAUCUGACUGGGGUAUUACUGGAGUGAUUGACAGGUUCUGUUAUGCUGCCUGAUCUUGGUUGGACAACAGAUUGAAAACAGUGACCCUCAUCUUUAUUUUAAAGGUGCUUUGUGUGGACUGUAGUGUUCCAUACAAUUAGCAGUUCACAUCACAUAUAGCACAGUGAGUGCCUUUGGUUUCAUUAAAUACACUGCUUACUACUCCUAUUGUUUCUAGUUACAUUGCUUUGUCUGCAGGUGCAGUUGAACCCCCUUCUAGUAAUGAUCCUACUUGUAACGAUAUAUUGUUUAUAUUCAGCCUUUAGGUUAUUUAUUUCCAAAAUUCAGCAUACUCCCUUUUUUUGUUUCACCUGAAAUUUCACUGUUUUCUUGUGAAUAUAUUCUUUUAAAAUAUUUUCAAAAAUAUUUUCUUUUGGUGAAAAAUUUGUUUCGUCAAGUUUUAACAUUUCUUUUGCGUGAAUAUCAUGUUCAUUAAAUGAUGCUGAAACUUG